UCACUCUCUGCACACCGUUCAUUAUUUUCCGAUUCAGUUUCUUUCACCUUUCUGUUUGGGUACCUUUCAGACACAUCUUUCUUAAUUCUCUCCGCUACCUCUGACUGAGGCCAAAAGUCCACCGAUCCUUCGCUCCAACUUCUCUUCUUACCUCCGGGAGUGGCCAGUCCAGACAGAACCUCUUCUACCAUGGCCACAACACCAGCCGGUCGUAUGCUGGCACGCCAGUUGCAGCAGAUGCAACAGGACAAGGACAUUCCGGGGAUUAGCUGUGGGCUGGUGGAUAACAAUGUAUUUGAGUGGGAGGUUAUGCUCAUGAUUUCGGACGAUGUCAAGUUGUACGGCGGUAUGGGUUUCUUCCGUGCUCGACUGUCCUUCCCACCGGAGUAUCCGCAUAUGCCGCCGAAAAUGAAGUUUGAAAGUCCCGUUUUUCACCCCAACAUCUAUCCCAACGGCGAGGUCUGCAUUUCCAUCCUCCACCCUCCGGAAGAAGACAAGUACGGCUACGAGUCCGCCGCCGAGCGCUGGUCCCCCGUUCAAACGCCCGAAACUAUCCUCCUCUCCGUCAUCUCUAUGCUCUCGAGUCCGAACGACGAAAGCCCGGCCAAUGUAGAAGCCGCCCGGCUAUGGAGGGAAGACCCGGCCGAGUUCAAGAAACGAGUCCGCAAGUGCGUCCGUGAGAGUCUGGGUGAGGAUUGAGCGCAUGAACUGGAGUCGGCUGCAUCCAAUACGCUUGAUUUUUUUUCUUUCUUCUGAAGGCUUUUUUCUACUGUUGACCAGCGCGAUAAGCGGGUGCGGUUUUCGGUUGCUCAUUUAUUUUGUCUCAUGUGCAUGAGGAACCGGUCAAUGGGCGGUUCAGUCUUAUACGUUGUUCUAUGGUCUAUACAUCAUCUCUCGGCUAUUUUCUUGUUGGUAUGGAGUUGCUGCGCUUUAAGGGUCUGGAGUUGAAUUGAUUCAUUCUCAUUACGGCAUCAUAGCUUGAGAUCAGCGCGCUUGCAACAUAUAUGGUUGGUUGCGGUGUAUUCACGG